AUGGAUACGAUCUCAAAUCCACAAGAAUCAACAGCAGAAGCCUCCGAAUACGCUCACCUUGGCAAAAUUCGAUUUCUUCCCGCACUCCUGACAAAGUGCACCACUGACUUGCAGAAGAAGGCUUGGGCCUGGCUCUUAUAUAAUUUCCUUAUUCGGACGAAGAAAGGCAAGCCCGGUGUCUUUGAGUCUCAAGUCAAAUCCGGGCGUCAGUCAUACAACGAACCCGAACCGGAAGAAAUGUCCCUUGGAUGCGCCUAUAGCGCGAUGAGUGCCCAUUUAGGCAAGAGCACUGCGAGAGAUGAAGAAGCAGGACUAGAGGAAUCGAACGUCGAACAGCAACCGGUGGUGACGCGAAGAUAUGGCUUAUUGACAGCGGAUCUGAGCGCACGAUGA